AUGUCUCGCAAUAUCUGCAUCACUUCAGCCGACGGCAACACCGGCUACCUCAUCACUAAAUUACUGCUUACCACAACACCUUUCAAGAAUAAAAUCGGUCAAAUUACUGCUCUUGUGCUCGAUCCGACUACUCAAUACUGCCAACAACUCCAAAGUCUUGGUGCAACCAUAACCCAGCACAUACCUGGGCGUAUGCGGGAUACAGCCAAGAUACUUCAAAACACCAAAGCCGACACAUUGAUGUUGAUUCCACCAGCCCACGCGAGCAAGGUAGAUAUCACAAUGGAGUACAUUGAGGCUGCUAAGAGGGCGAAUAUUCAAAAUGUAUGUUUUUUGAGUGCGGCAGGUUGCGAUGUGGCCGACAGGGAGGCGCAGCCGAGACUGAGAGAAUUUGUGGAUUUGGAGGCAAUGUUUAUGAAGUUGAAAGGAGAUGAGACUACGAGAACAGGUUAUUCUUCUGUUAUUCUUCGGCCUGGUUUUUAUGCCGAGAAUCUACUGCUGUAUGCACCACAAGCACAAGAAGAGGGUUUAAUACCAAUUCCUAUCGGACCGAAGAAUAAAUUCCCCCCAGUUGCGUUGGCAGACGUCGCUCAAUUAGCAGCUCAUAUCCUUACUGGAAAGGGGAAGCACGGGUUUAGCGACAAGCAUCGGGGUCAGCUCAUGACUCUGACUGGACCAAUGCUUCUCAAUGGCGACGAGCUAGCACAAAUUGCCAGUAACUGUUUAGGCGUCGAGAUGAAAUUUGACGAUGUAUCGGAAAACGAAGCCCGCCGAGUCCUUCGUUUUCAGACGGAUAAUGAUGUGACUGAAAUGCAGUACUUGCUGGAAUACUACUCUCUCGUAAGAGAGGGAAAGACGAAUUAUAUCUCCACCAACUGCUUUCAUGAUGUUACUGGUAGCCAUCCACUUAAGCCACCAGAGUUUUUCAAGGCAUAUCAGGAUGAAUUCAUGCCAAAAAAGGCCAUUCAAAGGAAGGCCGAUGGGGUGUGA